AUGCCAGAAGGAUUCUCAUGGAUUUCGCAAUGUGAGAUUCUAGACGUGCAUAAUGUGGAGGAACAUAUUUUCGAAUUAUACUCCGAGAGGCAACUAGAGAAUAAACUUGGCUAUCAUGAUAGAAGUUCAAAUAAAAUCGAAAUUAUAUUACCAAAUAGUCAAUAUGGAUUUGAAAUAUCCCAAUCAUUAAGUGGUUUAUCUGAUCAAAAGAGUAAUUCUUCAUCUACUGGAUUUGUCUGUUGGGAUGCAUCAAUACAUGUUGCAGAUUGGUUACUUGCAUCGCGGGAUUGUCCCAUCAAAUUAUCUAAAGAUUUAACUGUACUAGAACUAGGUUCUGGAGUUGGUGGUAUUAUAGCAUCUGCUAUUCAAGACAAAGUAGGAAGAUAUAUUGCUACCGAUCAAAAACAUAUCUUGAAAUUACUAGAGGAAAAUAUCCUUAAUAAUACAAGUAAGCAAAAUUAUCAUGUGAUUGAAUUUGAUUGGGAGAAUAUUGAGUAUGGUUUACAAAAUUUGGAUGAUUUAGGUGUAUCUAAUGAAGCAAUUGAUUUAAUCGUUGCUUGUGAUACCAUCUAUAAUGAGUAUUUGAUACCACAUUUCAUCAAUGCUUUGAAAAGUACCAUGUCGCAACAUUCGGUUGCGAUUGUUUGUCUCCAAUUGCGAGACUCUAUUACUUUUGAAGAAUUUGUCAAUACUGUUGUUGAUGAUGAUGAACUUCGAGCGUAUAAUAUUCCAAGCGACUUAUUAAAUGAUGAAUUGACUGGUGGUUUUGUAGUUUAUGCAUUCAGUAAAAAAGUAGUCGGCUGA